AUGGCAAGAGAUAGCUGCUUAGCCCGUGUUGGCGCCGGAGUUGCCGUCGGCGGUGCUGUCGGCGGUGCGGUCGGUGCUGUUUAUGGGACUUAUGAAGCUCUUAGGUAUAAGGUUCCAGGACUACUAAAGAUCAGAUAUAUUGAGCAAACUACCUUAGGGAGUGCAGCAAUUUUUGGUCUUUUCUUGGGUGCUGGUAGCUUGAUACAUUGUGGGAAGUCUUACUAA